AUUUUAAUCAAAUCGAAUUUCACCAAGGCGAACUUAAUUCGACCUCAAAUUUAACAAAGUUAAUGAAAGUUCGGUAAUUGUUCACAAUAUUAGUGGUUUUAUCGUUGUUCGAAUCAUGGCGUUAACCAAAUUCGUCAGCAAAGCUGGUUCUUUAUUCUUGAAACCAUCGUUCAAUUUGAGUAGAAGUUUCGCUACGUCGGCGGUGGCCCGAUCUUCGAAAGAAGAAGAACCGAUAGAUACUGCAAAUUUUGACGAGUUUGGUUUUCCCGAUGAUUUGGAUAUAUCAUGCGGUAUGUACAGAAAAGAACUGAUUGCUCGAUUGGCUGGUGUACAAGACCCUUUCUCCAUUUCUGCUAUCGAUCGUGCUGAAAAAGGAACCAAACUUGAUCCGAUCCGUGUUCCGUCUGGUUUAGAAAGUCGUAUGGUUGCGUGCAGAUGCGAACCCGAAUCGCAUACCCUAUUAUAUAUGUGGUUGCACCAAAACGAACCGAAACGUUGUAGAUGUGGAUUUUGGAUGGUGCUAUUCUACAGAGAACCAUUCGUCGAAUACAUGAUGCCGUAUUAAAUGGAGAAAAAGAUACUAGAGUUUGUAGCUUUAUGAAAAAAAUAUAUGUAUACAUUUAUUCGCAUUCAAAUUUCGAUGAUUGAACUCGAAGCUAUAAUUAAUUUUCGUACGAGUUCCGCUAAGAAUGUUCAUUAGAAGUGUUUGUAUUAUAAAUUCGUUAUUAUAAACUUAAAGUAA